ACUGGAUUGACACUUUAGGAGAGAGUACAGACGCGCUUGACUGAAUGACUGGAUACUCACAGUACAUACUGUUCUGGGAAUGAGAGGUCGUAUCUGACGAGUUCCGAUAGCGAUGAGCGAGGUCGAAACACGAGAACUUCCGCGAGCCGGAGAGGAAGAUGUAACAACUUCAGAAGAUACUGCUGCAUCGCCUCCGACUGAGCUGACGGGAUGGAGACUUGGACUGGUGAUGACCGGACUAUGGCUAGCUCUAUUUCUGUCUGCUCUGGACGGAACCAUAGUCUCGACGGCAUUGAUAGAGAUAUCCAAUGAUCUCAAGUCGCUCAGCCAGGCCAACUGGCUUGUCAUAGCUUACUUUCUGACAUACAACGCAUUCCUCCUGCUAGUCGCAAAGCUCAGUGACACAUUCGGCACGAAAAACCUCCUGAUCCUUUCGAACAUUAUAUUUUUCGUCUUCUCCGCUGCGUGCGCCGCGUCCAAGACGAUGACCCAGCUCAUAGUCUUCCGCGCGCUUCAGGGCAUGGGCGGCUCGGGGCUCUACACGCUCGUCUUCGUCGUCAUCCUCAAACUCAUCUCCCCGUCCAAAAUCGGCUUCUACUCCGGCAUCAUCAGCUCUGUCUUCGCCAUUGCGAACCUCCUCGGACCCAUCCUCGGCGGCAGCAUCACCUCCCACACCACCUGGCGCUGGAUCUUCUGGAUCAACCUGCCCAUCACCGCAAUCUCGACCGUCCUCCUCGCCCUCGCCAUGCCCACGAUCCCAUCCGAAACUCCGACUCUCGCCAAACUCCGCGCCGUCGACUGGCUCGGCGGCCUCCUCUCCAUCGCAUGGCCUAUCCCCGUCCUCUUCGCCCUCCAACAAGCCGAAGUCGCAUACCCCUGGUCCUCGCCCGUCAUCAUCAGCACCCUCACAACCGGCCUCGUCCUCCUCGUCCUCUUCGCCUGCCACGAAACAUCCCUCUACCGCCGUACUCGCCACAACAUCUCCAACAUCUCCAACACCAAAACCCCCAUCCUCCCCAUCCCCGUCCUAACAACCCUCCUCCCCGCCCUCCUAACCCUCUCAACCUUCCUAACCGGCUCCUCCUUCCUCUCCGCCACAAUACUCCUCCCAGCACGCUUCCAAGCCGUAAACGCAGCCAGCCCCGCCCACGCCGGCAUCCAGCUCCUCGCCCUCGUCCUCGCAACCCCACCCUUCGCCCUCCUCGCCGGCCUCGCAACACCCCACCCACGCAUCACAGCCUGCCUCCUCCUGCUCGCGCCCUGCGCAAUCCUGCUCGGCACCGCCCUGCUCAGCACAUUACCCGCUAGUACUACCAGCAACCAUUCCCCCGACCCGCGGCAAUACGUAUACAUGGCCCUCCUAGGCGCGGGCUUCGGCACGCUUGCGCCGCUCAGCUACGCGCUUAUGAAGGCGAUGCUGCACGGGGACGCGCAUCUGGCCGCUGCGACGGGGCUGAUGAAUACGGCGCGCACGCUGGGUGGCACGCUUGCGAUUGCGGUGUGUUCGGCGCUGCUGCACGGGCGGCUGCGGCGGGACUUGCCUGGGAUUCUGCCUGCGGCUGAGCAGGUCGGGUUGGUGGAGGAGAGUUUGGCGAAUCUGCGGCUGCUGCCGGAUGAGGAGGCGGUGGGAAGGGUGAGGCGGGUGUUUGGGGAGGCGUAUAAUUUGCAGUUUCGGGUGCUGAUUGCGUUUGCGGGGGCGAAUGUGGUGCUGAGUUGUGUUUUGGUGGCGGCGAUGGAGUGGAAGAAGAGGACUGGUGAGUAUGUUGAUCUUGGGGAGAGGAUGAGGAUGGCUGAGAAGGAACGGGUGCGGGCGAGCCAGACUGUGGCUGUAGAGACUGUGAAGCAGGAAUCGUGA